GGGGGAGGACGGAGCGGGGGCCGGAGCCGGGGAGGAGGAGGAAGAGGAAGAGGAGGAGGCGGCGGCGGCCCCCGGGGAGCUGGGCUCCGGCUCGCCUCUACCCUACUGGACCGCGGUGUUCGAGUACGAGGCGGCGGGCGAGGACGAGCUGACCCUGCGGCUGGGCGACGUGGUGGAGGUGCUGUCCAAGGACUCGCAGGUGUCCGGCGACGAGGGAUGGUGGACCGGGCAGCUGAACCAGCGGGUGGGCAUUUUCCCCAGCAACUACGUGACCCCGCGCAGCGCCUUCUCCAGCCGCUGCCAGCCGGGCGGCGAGGACCCCAGUUGCUACCUGCCCAUUCAGUUAUUGAUCCUCCAGAAGGUGGAGAAUGGAGACCUGAGUAACAAGGUUCUGAAGAUCACUGAUUUUGGCCUGGCCCGGGAAUGGCACCGAACCACCAAGAUGAGCGCAGCAGGGACGUAUGCUUGGAUGGCACCUGAAGUCAUUCGUGCCUCUAUGUUUUCCAAAGGCAGUGAUGUAUGGAGCUAUGGGGUGCUGCUUUGGGAGCUACUGACUGGGGAGGUGCCCUUCCGAGGAAUCGAUGGCUUAGCAGUCGCUUACGGAGUGGCCAUGAACAAGCUCGCCCUUCCCAUCCCUUCUACGUGCCCGGAACCUUUUGCCAAACUCAUGGAAGAUUGCUGGAAUCCUGACCCCCAUUCACGACCAUCCUUUACGAAUAUCCUGGACCAGCUAACUACCAUAGAGGAGUCUGGUUUCUUUGAAAUGCCUAAGGACUCCUUCCACUGCCUGCAGGAUGACUGGAAACAUGAGAUUCAGGAGAUGUUUGACCAACUCAGGGCCAAAGAAAAGGAGCUCCGCACCUGGGAGGAGGAGCUGACGCGGGCUGCGCUCCAGCAGAAGAACCAGGAGGAGCUGCUGCGGCGCCGAGAGCAGGAGCUGGCCGAGCGGGAGAUUGACAUCCUGGAACGAGAGCUCAACAUCAUCAUCCACCAGCUGUGCCAGGAGAAGCCCCGGGUGAAGAAACGCAAGGGCAAGUUCAGGAAGAACCGACUGAAGCUCAAGGAUGGAAACCGCAUCAGCCUCCCUUCUGAUUUCCAGCACAAGUUCACCGUACAGGCCUCUCCCACCAUGGAUAAAAGGAAGAGUCUCAUCAACAGCCGCUCCAGUCCUCCUGCAAGCCCCACCAUCAUUCCUCGCCUUCGAGCCAUCCAGUUGACACCAAACGAAAGCAGCAAAACCUGGGGCCGGAGCUCAGUCAUCCCGAAGGAGGAAGGGGAGGAGGAGGAGAAGAGGGCUCCCAAGAAGAAGGGACGGACUUGGGGGCCAGGUACGCUUGGUCAGAAGGAGCUUGCCUCAGGAGACGAAGGCCUCAAGUCCCUGGUAGAUGGAUACAAACAGUGGUCAUCCAGUGCCCCCAACCUGGGGAAGGGCCCGAGGAGUAGCCCAGCUCUGCCAGGGUUCACCAGCCUCAUGGAGAUGGAGGAUGAGGACAGUGAAGGCCCAAGGAGUGGGGAGAGUCGUCUACAGCAUUCACCCAACCAGUCCUACCUCUGUAUCCCAUUCCCUCGUGGAGAGGAUGGGGAUGGCCCCUCCAGUGAUGGAGUCCACGAGGAGCCCACCCCAGUCAACUCAGCUACCAGUACCCCUCAGCUGACGCCAACCAAUAGCCUCAAGCGGGGCGGCACCCACCACCGCCGCUGCGAGGUGGCUCUGCUUGGCUGCGGGGCUGUUCUUGCAGCCACAGGCCUAGGGUUUGACCUGCUGGAAGCUGGCAAGUGCCAGCUGCUUCCCCCAGAGGAGCCUGAGCCACCAGCCAGGGAGGAGAAGAAGAGGCGUGAGGGUCUUUUUCAGAGGGCCAGUCGUCCUCGUCGAAGCACCAGCCCCCCAUCCCGGAAGCUCUUCAAGAAGGAAGAGCCCAUGCUGUUGCUAGGAGACCCCUCUGCUUCCCUAACACUGCUCUCUCUCUCCUCCAUCUCCGAGUGCAACUCCACCCGCUCCCUACUGCGUUCUGACAGUGAUGAGAUCGUGGUGUAUGAGAUGCCUGUCAGCCCGGUGGAGGCCCCACCCUUGACCCCCUGCACCCACAACCCCUUGGUCAAUGUCCGAGUGGAGCGCUUCAAGCAAGACCCUAACCAAUCACUGACUCCCACCCACGUCACCCUUACGGCCCCCACACAUCUCAGUGGUCACCGGCGGACUCCUUCUGAUGGCGCCCUCAAACCAGCGGCUGUCCAAGCCAGCAGGAGCCCCUCCAGCAAUGGGUUGAGCCCCAGCCCUGGUGCAGGAAUGUUGAAAACCCCUAGCCCCAGUCGAGACCCAGGUGAAUUCCCCCGUCUCCCUGACCCCAAUGUGGUCUUCCCCCCAACCCCAAGGCGCUGGAACACACAGCAGGACUCUACCUUGGAGAGACCCAAGACUCUGGAGUUUCUGCCUCGGCCACGUCCUUCUGCCAACCGACAACGACUGGACCCUUGGUGGUUUGUGUCCCCCAGCCAUGCCCGUAGCGCCUCCCCUGCCAACAGCUCCAGCACGGAGACACCCAGCAACCUGGACUCCUGCUUUGCUAGCAGCAGCAGCACUGUGGAGGAGCGGCCUGGACUUCCAGCCCUGCUCCCAUUCCAGGCGGGGCCACUGCCCCCCACCGAGCGGACGCUUCUGGACCUGGAUGCAGAGGGCCAGAGUCAGGACAGCACUGUGCCACUGUGCAGAGCUGAACUGAACACACAUAGGCCUGCCCCUUAUGAGAUCCAGCAAGAAUUCUGGUCUUAGCAUGAAAAAGGUCAGGGUGGGCAAGGGGGAAGCAGGAGGAGAUGGGGGGAGCUGGCUGGCACAGCCCUUUCUCAGAGUUGGACCCCCUGAGAUCCAGUCCUACUUCUUGCACUGAUAAUGCACUUUGAAGAUGGAAAGGAUGGGAACAGGGCCACUUCAGAGGGUCUCUUGCCCUACAGGGCCUUCUUACCCAUGUUCGCUGGAGGGGCUGUGGCUAUCAGCUCUGGCUGUGUAGGGGAGGGAGGGGUGCGUGCAUGUCCCCCACUCUCCACAGUCUUCCUCGCCUUUAGGGUGACCCUGCAGUGUCACUCAGCCAAAUCUGUCUGCUGCUCCCUCUCCUCAGCCCUCUGGGUAUGCCCAGAGCCUGUCCUGGGGUCCCUCUGUUAACCCUGAGUUCAGCCUUCCCAAAUACCAGUAUUGGAUGUUCUGCGAUUGAUUUUGCUCCUCUUCCACGUUCUUCCCCCAUACCCAUGAGUCAGAAUCUUCUUUGGUGUGAGAUAUGAGUUUUUCUGUGUCCUAAGCCCUUUCGUGGUAGCCGAAGGGCUGAAGGCAGUGUGCCCCUGUGUGGGGCAUGAGAGUUGCUGGACUUGGCACUACCUACAUGCACGUCCAGGUGCCCCAUUAAUUUAAGCUUACCAGUGGUAAGGGGAGUUGCCUCAAUGAGAACUUGGGGAAGCGAAGGGAGUUAGGAAAAAUAUGGUGGAGUGGAAGUAAAGAGGGUACUAGAGUCUGUUUGUCCUUGUUCUUUUUGGAAAAACUCAAAGAAGGGAAGAAACCAACACCUGUUGAUGGCACCCAUCUCUUACCUGGGGUCCAGACAUAGUCAGACCAGAUUCUGAUACACACAUGUGCUCAUCCCAUGAAUAGUUUCUUGGGAUGCCAGAGACAAAGUUCCUGUAUUUGUCCUUUUAUUGUCUGAUCUCUAUGUGCUAUUCCCUUCCCUUGACCUUUCCUCCAGUCCCUAAGAUUAGUGGACUUUGGGUUAUGUAUUUGGUUGGUAGGCAUCUCUGCAUUGCACCGGAAUAGAAUAUGGGGUCGUGGUUGGGGUGUCCUGGAUGCUGGGAGUUGGAACUGCAAAUGUUCCUUCUCAUCCUUGCGAUCUAUUCUGUGAUGCUCUCGAAGUAGAAUGGAGCCACUAGUAGUACCUUCCGUAAAUGGAUGUGGUGAGGCGAUGAUGUUUGUGAGUUGCUUAGUGAGCCACUGAUGUACAGUAACCUUCAAGUCCCAAGCACCGGAGACCAACUAAGGCCUCUUGUCUCUGUGCACAGGGAGCCCCCAGUUUUGGGCCCUGGACUUUGGGCUAGGUAAAAAGGACAACAGUGGCCAACCCUGACUUUUCUGGAAUUUGUUUCCUUAACUUGAAUGUUGAGCUUCUUCUGGAGCUUUCCCGUUUGUAUCUUCGCUAUUCCACUUACUCUGAGGCCUCCUGUGUCAAGUGUAAGCAGUUGUCUUUGUGCGGGAAUAACAGCUUGGUCUGGAGUAGAGUCCUUAGGUCAUGCCCUCUCCCCUCAACACUCUCUGAGUGUUGCUCCGUUGUCUUUUAUCAUGGACUAUUUCUCUGGAGAUGUUGGAGACCGACCUGCAGGUUCCUUACACUUGCUGCCUGGAUGCCAGAAUGGGGAGAGUGGUGAAGCAGGUACGAGGGAUGAAUUUGGUCACUGCUCUCUUUCUAACUAUGAUAGGCAUCCUGCCCUGGGGAUGACAAAAGGUGUGAUUUUCAAGUUGUUCCUUGUUUUAUGAGCCCGCUGGCCUUUGGUUCAAGGGCCCCGCCUCGUCUGGGUAGGGAGGCACUAUUCAUUUUAUUGCCUGGGGUUUUGUUGUUGCAUCUCACCUCUCUAUUUCCAUUUGUUCAGCAAAGCCAACGUGUAAGAGAUUAUUUUUGCCCCUCAUCUCCCACUCCUUGGUUAGGAGGGGAAAAAUUGGGAAUCCGGUCAGCAUCUCCAGCAAACCAAGCGACGACUCUUCGUGCUUGGUGGGGAUAGGGACACAUGGUCUGUUCUGUGCCCUUCCCCUGGACUCUCCAUAGCCCCAGUCCCUAAGCCACUAAUGCAUCUAUAAACCCUUGGCCCCUCUAAAUGGCCCUCUGGUGGGGUGCAGCCUACAGUGUAAUCUAAACCAUGCUGGCUAUGGACAGUGCUCUGUGGUAUGAGGCAGAGAUUUUUCCUAUGCUUAUUUUCUACUUUUUGUCGUUUUGUUAGGUUGUAGCUAUCUUUCUUGGAAGUGGUAGUGUAACUCAGGUGGUGUAAACUGAAUGAUGGCCACUUGCCAUUGAGUGAGAGGUUGAAACCAGUUCUUACUCCUCCAUCCAGGGGGAGCACAAGGGAAGCCUGGGUCCCUGCAAAGGGAAGAAUUAUACAUGCAGGAUUAUUCUGAAAAUGCUUCUGUGAGUUUCCAUGAAGAAGAAGGUGUUCUCAUCUCUCAACUCCUCCCAGCCUAUGAUGGGCCCCUGCCUGCCACACUGUCUCUCUGUAGGGCAAGGCUGAAAUGGGAUAAGGAUCCAAUAACAGGUUUGAGUUGCUUUCUGUCCACUCAGGUUCCCUUGCCUCUAUGGUCAUGGUCAGGAGCCGGCCUUGAAGCUGGGGUUCAAGCCUCUGGAGCAGUAGUAGCAGCCUUCCUCUGCCCUUCCCUUCUCUUUCUUCAGAGACUGUACCUUGCUCUUGGCAGGUGCUCACUACAUGGAAGAUGGUGAUAGGAAAUAGAUCUUGUUCUCUGCUCCUUCUCCUUGGAUCCUUCAGCUCCUUCCACUGAUUCUAAACAGGAUUAUCCUCCAUUUACCCGCUUGGCAUCCAGGCCACUGCCUGGGGCUGAGUAUAUGUCCUAUUUAUCCUCAUGUAUUAUUUCUAAGAGGCUUUUGUGGAUGCUCUUAACUUUAGCAUCCUGCAGGUGUGCUAGCGAUGAUGAUGAUGAUUGCGAUGAUGAUGAUGAUGAUGAUGAUUUCGAUAUCUUACAUUUGCACGACUCAGGAUAAUGCUAACCUUUCCUCCCGACCUUUACAAGAUUACGUCAUUUUCCUUCUACAUUUGAUAUCCUUGCUGGUAGAGAAGGGGAAGUGCUUAAUGAGGAAGAUUCAAGUGAAGAGAAAUUAGAAAGCUGUUUGGUUUGAUUGCUGAGUCAGCCACCAGACUCUGAGACCUAAACAACUUGGCUCUGUUCCUCAUUCUGCUUUUGCUGUCUGACCUCAGGCAUGUCUCUUUGCCCCUCUCAAAUUUCCUUCCUGUAAAACUGUCGUCACUUGCUUCCCUCACAAGGACAAUGAGAGUAUCAGCAGAUCAUUGAGGCGCAUGGCUCCUUACAUCCAGCGACCAGGAAAAACUGCUGGUUUUCAGUGCACUUCUCACCACCUUGACUUCUGGGGGAUUCACCUACUGUUUUUUCCUUUGGCUUCUGGAAGAGGAGUGAUUGGGAGUUGGCUUUGCAUGACUAAUAGGGACCGCAGUCAGGCUCAUGCCUGUCUACUGCAUUUAUGAAGCACCUGAUGUUUACAAGCAUCCUUCCUAAUUCCCUCACUUAACUUGUCAGGCUUAUCAUCCCCACCAUUAGUGUCUUACCGAGGAAGCAGGAGAUGAGGGAGCUGGAGGCAGCGUCAGAAUGACAGUUUGGGGUUUCCGAUUUCUUGGAGCCAUUCCCAGAAUCUUACUUGUUUAGACUCUGGAAUCAGGCCAGGCUAAUUCCUGGAAGAAUCUUUGGGAAAGGGUCUGCUGACCCUUGGGACGUGUGUUAUGGUGUGGGCUUCCUCACAAGCCCUUUUCCCUCAGGCCAGGGUUGCUCAGGGAUAGAACGAGUCACCCCAAGGGCAGCCAGGCCUGACUUGUCAACACUCUGCUCUCCAGUCCCCACGUUAGGGGCGCCUCCCACCUCCCUCCUUAGCAUUCCUAACUCUUCAAGCUCGCUUUUAACAAAGCACAGAGCAGCAGAUACUGAAGACCGGAUGGCUGUGAAGGGUACUCUUGAGGGUUGAAGUAUCUGUCCGUCAGGCCCCUCUGAACACGGAACCUGUUCUUUUCCUCAUGUGUGUAAUUAAGCCUGUGCCUUUGACUCGGGUGUGUGAGGCCCCAAAAGGCAGGUCAGAAACACUCCAUCACCUCUUGAAGGACUGGGAGAAGAAGGAGGUGCUGCUGUUUCUGCAGUGCCAGGCUUUUCCCGAGGGCUCUGCCAGAGACCGUAGACCCGGGUCAGAGGUGAGAGCAGCCCACAGUGCACUGUGAUCAUAAGUGAACAUUGGGCAGGAGUGUCAGGGAUCUGGUGAUCUGAGCAGCCCACAUACUAGUUGUGUGAAGUU